AAGGUGUGUGUGUGAGAUGUGCAGGGUGUCACGUGCCCCCAAGCCUCCUCUCGGUUCCGCUACUUCUGCUUCCAUGAAAUGUGCUGACGACUUUGCCCCCUCCUAGUUUUGCGACGCCAUAAACGUGCAGGAAAAAAAAAAUAGCAGUCAUAAACAUGCGGCAAAAUUUGUUUUAGCGUCGCCGUAAACAUGCAGCUCAAAAGGGACAUGUAGUCCCUACUUAUAUUCUUAUAAGAACAUCUGAACUCUCCUGUGACAUUGGUUUCGAAACUUCCUGACUCCUGUCAGUCUCGUGCCGCCUGUCACAGUCACAUGACUUGCAUGUGGAUGAUCACGUGAUAUACCAGCUGCUUCUUCUCCACUUCCGUCAACUUUUCCUCCGCCAAUCUCCAACAUGGCGGACCUUGAGGAGGAUCGGAGUCUGCUGCCAACGGAAGCCGGGGAUGAUGUCUCCCUGUCCGGCGGAGAGGCGAGCGGCCGUGCCGGUUCGGGGCUCCCAGCCAUCUGCGACCCUGCUCACGUCUUACACCGGGUCGUCAUCCUGGUUUUUAUGUGUUUCCUCGGAUUCGGGAGCUAUUUCUGUUAUGACAACCCAGCUUCCCUUCAGACUCAAGUCCUCCAGGAUUUGAACUUAAACACGGCCAAGUUCAUGCAGCUUUAUGCCUGGUACUCGUGGCCCAAUGUCAUCCUCUGUUUUUUUGGAGGAUUCCUCAUUGACCGAGUCUUUGGCAUCAGGCUGGGAACCAUUAUUUUUUCCCUGUUUGUUUGUGUUGGACAGGUCAUAUUUGCCACUGGAGCUUUGGUCUAUCGUUUUUGGCUGAUGGAAAUGGGACGUUUUAUAUUUGGAAUUGGAGGGGAGUCCCUGGCUGUGGCCCAGAAUACGUAUGCAGUCAACUGGUUUAAAGGGAAGGAACUCAAUCUGGUGUUUGGUCUUCAACUGAGCAUGGCUCGUUUGGGCAGCACGGUGAACAUGAACAUCAUGGGCUGGGUGUACAGCAAAGUGUCUCUCCUGGUCGGCGCUCCUGGUCACAUGACGCUAGGCUGGUCGCUCAUGAUAGCUGCUGUAACCUGCAUAUUCUCUCUAAUCUGCGCGCUGGUGCUGGCAUUCCUUGACAAAAGAGCAGAGAAAAUCCUUCAAAAGGAGCAGGGCAAAACAGGCGAGGUAAUUCAGCUGACUGAUGUGAAAGACUUCCCCUUGCCCCUGUGGAUGAUCUUCAUCAUUUGCGUGAGCUACUAUGUAGCCAUCUUCCCCUUUAUUGGACUGGGACAGGUCUUCUUCAUUGAGAAGUUUGACUUUUCCCCUGCCGAAGCGAGAGCUGUCAACAGCAUUGUUUACAUCAUCUCCGCUCCGGCAUCUCCUAUUUUGGGCUUCGUAGUAGACAAGACUGGGAGGAACGUGAUUUGGGUUAUGUGCGCUGUGUGCACCACGCUCUGCUCUCACAUGAUGCUGGCCUUCACCUUCUGGAACCCAUGGAUUGGCAUGUCACUGCUGGGUGUGUCCUACUCCCUACUGGCAUGCGCUCUCUGGCCUAUGGUGGCCUUUGUGGUACCUGAGCACCAACUGGGGACUGCCUAUGGCUUCAUGCAGUCCAUUCAGAAUCUAGGACUUGCGCUCAUUGCCAUGGCAGCAGGAGCCAUCCUUGACAACAAAGGAUACUUGUUUCUGCAAGUCUUUUUUUGUUCCUGCAUCUGCAUUUCAUUGAUGGGAGUGGUGAUGCUGUACUUGGUGGAUUUUUUAAGAGGAGGGGAUUUGAACCGGUCAGCCGCAGCCAGAGCCAAACUCCUGAAGGAAGCCACUUCAGAUGCCGAAUGAUGAUGUUGAUGGUGAUGAUGAGGGAUGGCUCACGGUCCUGGGCGUACAGAGGGAGCAGGUCCCACCUUCCACCCCUCAGCUUUCAGUCUUGGGCCUUGGGGGCGGGAUUGCGAGACUUGUGACUCUGCCCAGUGCUGUCAUCUGUGGCACUUCCCCAUCACAACUGACUGUCUGGACAUGACAUGUUUUAUUUUUCCUUCUGUUGAAGAAGAAAUUUCUAUUUCCAUUUUGAAGGUCUUUUUAGUGUUUGAAGGAAGAGGAGCCUCGCAACCCAAGACACCCAAUACCUUUUCAUAUUGUGGAGAGUCAUUUUCAAAGAUGUAUUUGAAUGUUCUGCUUAUCUUCUGUAGAUAUCAUUGUGAUAAUUUCUGGAGACUCUCCAAGCAGAGGGACUUGAUAUUUUUAAUCAUUUGUACUGUGGAACAUUAAUGUUGACUGCUUUAAAAGGACAUUGCUCUUUAAGUUUUAGUCACCAUGUAAUUGCUUUAUCUACUCCUCACUGGCUUGGGGAUUAAUUACUACAUUUUUUUUUUUAUUUUUAUAACCACUAUGAUAUUCAACAUUUUAAAGACAUUUUAUUAAUGUGUCCUUUUGAGGACAAUGUUUUUCAUUAAGUUCAAGUUGCGGGCUGAAAAAAGUAAUUGACUUUUUCGUAUGAGAGUGAUAGAUGCACUACAGGCAAGUUGUACUGUCAAAAACGCUAUAAACCACUUGAACAAUCACUAGCUAUUUUUGUCAAACCAAGUACCAUUUUUAAAUUAAACAAGUUUCUGAACACCA